AUGGGUGACGUGCGGCAGACCGUAAAACAGUCAUUACCAGUGGACGUCAACAAACCAUAUGAUCCUUCAACACUCAAAGAUAAGACGAUUCUUAUCACUGGUGGCGCCAAUGGCUUAGGCGCACAUAUGGUUCGCCAUUGGGCCGCUCAUGGAGCAAAUAUUAUCGUCGGAGAUGUUGCAGACCAUGCCGGCGAAGAGCUUGUGGCCUCGCUUCGAAUGGCUUAUCCCAAAGGAGUUUUCGAGUUCCGGCACUGCGAUGUCACAAAUUGGGAGUCUCAAGUCAGCCUUUUUGAGGCCGCCGUCCAAAUUAGUCCCUACAGCUCUGUAGACAUUGUGGUUCCCAACGCCGGAAUCAUUCUCCCUGCAGAGGCUACAAAAUUCGAGAAUCCCGAUUUUGUGAAUGGGAAGAUCCCGGAGCCUAAUACAGCAACACUGGAUGUGAACGUGAGAGGCGUCAUUUACACGUCCCAUCUUGCGCUGUACUACCUCCCGCGAAACAAGAGGUCUGACAGAUGCCUUCUAUUCGUGGGUUCCGUGGCCUCUAUCAUUCCGCUUCCCGGCCAGAGCCAAUACAGCAUGAGCAAACAUGCUGUUCUGGGUCUCUUCCGCUCGCUGCGCGGCACAGCUUUCCUGAAGGAUAUUCGCAUAAACAUGAUUGCACCCUACUAUACUGCACAGACUAAGAUGCUACAAGCAACAGCAGAAGCCCUUUUGCUCGCUGGCUCUGCUGGACCGGGCCAGGUUCCGGAUGUCAUUGAUGCGGCAACACGACUGAUUGCAGAUGAAGCAGUGGCUGGUCGCGCCCUCGUCAUCGGUCCACGACUGAAGCCUUAUGAUGCCGAAGAUCUUGACUUGGCAAAUGGAGGGGAAGCUGUUGAAGGUCAGGCAGUUUGGGAAUGCUACGCGCACGAUUAUGACCAGGUGGAAACGUUUGUAAAGAGGUAUCUAUGGCUGUUGAACGCUGCAGCAAAGGCUCGGGGGAUGCUGGCCUGGAUUCGCGAUGUCUUGGCUAUAUGGAAGAGAAGCUGA